UCCAGCGGACCGAAGGGUAGAGUCUCGUGAGUCUCCGUUUUUCUGGUUCACACCUGCGGUUUGCGGGUCCCCAGGUACCUGGUCUACCACAUUCUGGUUUCGGGGGUCGCCUGGUACAUUAAAACUCUUUCACCUGCUCGUCCGGCCCACGCUACCACAAAUAAGUGAGAACAUGUGAUAUUUUAAACAGCAUAUUUUUGACGCUCAGGAUUGUCUUCUCAAGAGUGAUCUUGCCUGAGCAAGGAGCCUGGAAGAGGAAAGAAAGAGGAGUCAGGAAUGGCUCUUUCCCAGGGUUUGUUGACAUUCAGGGAUGUGACCAUAGAAUUCUCUCAGGAGGAGUGGGAAUGCCUGGACCCUGCCCAGAGAACUUUAUACAGGGACGUGAUGUUGGAGAACUACAGGAACCUGGUCUCCGUGGGUGAGGAUAACUUCCCUCCAGAAAUCAGGAUCUGUCCUAGUAUCUCAUCUAGAUUUGCGAUCAAGGAAUUCUUACCAAAAGAUAUUGAUAAAGGAAAAUUAUACCAACCAGUUGCAUUCGGAAGAAAUGAAAGACAUUGCAUUGGAGAUUUUGACUUCAGGGCAGCCUGGGUAAAUAUGUGCGAAUUUGAGAGUAAGUGUGGAUCUGAAGAAGGAAAUUCCAAAGGAAUGCCCACAACAGAUUACAUAAAUGUCAGUGGUAGAAAAGAUCAGCAAGACAGCAAAUCUUGGAUUAAUUUACCUUUAAAGCAGAGUGUUUAUGAAAGGAAAACUGCAUAUCAGUAUUUCAGACAUGGAAAGUUAUUUACAAGGAAUUUGCCAAAAGUGAAAAAUAACAUAGCCUCUGCAGGAGACAAGUAUAAGAAAUAUUUUGAAAAUAGGAUUGGGUUAAGCUUUCAGUCACAUCUGACUGAGCUACAGGAAUUUCAAGCUGAAGAGAAAAUUUAUGAAUGUAAUAAUCAAGUUGAGAAACCUAUCAAAAAUUGUUCUUCAGUUUCACCACUUCAGAGAUUUUCUCCUAUUGUCAAAACCAACAUUUCUAAAAAAUAUGGAAAAUUUUUUAUGAAUCCUUCAUUACUUACACAACACCAGAAAACACACUUUAGAGAAAAACCAUUCAAAUGUAAUGAAUGUGGGAAGAUUUUUAGCCAGUAUUCAGUCCUCACUAGUCAUCAGAGAAUUCAUUCUGAGCAGAGACCUUACAAAUGUAACAAGUGUGGUAAAGCCUUCAAGCAGUUCUCAAAUCUCACGAGACAUCAGAGAAUCCAUACUGGAGAGAAACCGUAUAAAUGUAGUAUAUGUGACAAGGUGUUUAAUCAGAAUUCACACCUUGCAAGUCACUGGAGAAUUCAUACUGGGGAGAAGCCACACAAAUGUAAUGAGUGUGGUAAGGCUUUUAUCAAAUGUUCAGAUCUUUGGCGUCAUGGGAGAAUUCACACUGGAGAGAAACCUUACAAAUGUAAUGAAUGUGGUAAGGGUUUCGCCAAACGUUCAUAUCUUUGGGAUCAUGAGAGAAUUCAUACGGGAGAGAAACCAUACAAAUGUAUUGAAUGUGGCAAGGUUUUUAGGCAGUGGUCUACUCUCAGAAUUCACCGUAGGAUUCAUACUGGAGAGAAACCUUAUAAAUGUAAAGAAUGUGGCAAAGCCUUUAAACAGUGCUCACACCUUACUAAGCACCAGAAUGUACAUCCUGGAGAGAAAUCACAUAAAUGUGAUGAGUGUGGCAAGGCUUUUACCCACAUUUCAAGCCUUGUGAAACAUCAUAGAAUUCAUACUGGAGAAAAACCACACAAAUGUAGUGAAUGUGGUAAGGGUUUUAUUCAAUGUUCAAGUCUUCUGGAACAUCAGAGAAUUCAUACUGGUGAUAAGCCUCAUAAAUGUAGUGAGUGUGGCAAAGGCUUUACUGCGCGUUCAAGCCUGACUAAACAUAAGAGAAACCAUACUGGAGAGAAACCUUAUAAAUGUAAUGAAUGUAGUAAGGCCUUUACCCAAUUUAUACACCUUACUCGACACCAAAAAAUACAUACUGAUAAGAAACACUAUGAAUCUAGUAUAUGUGGUAAUGCCUUUAGUCAGAGCUCAAGCCUGGAGGACCAUCAAAAAACUUGUGGCAGAGAAAAACUUUACAAAUGUAAUGAAUGUGGCAAGUCCUUUAAUUGGUGUUCACGUCUUACUCGGCAUCAGAGAAUCCAUACUGGAGAGAAACCAUAUAAAUGUAAUGUAUGUGGGAAGGCCUUUAGUCAAAAUUCAAACCUUAAAAUACAUCAGAAUUCAUACUGGAGAGAAACCUUACAAAUGUAAUGAAUGUGGCAAAGCCUUUAA